ACAAGAAUUUUUUCGUAAAUAGAAUCGUUAUAAACCGAAUUGUAGUUCGUAUACAGCAUAUUGAAUUACGCUCGUCGAGUGUAAAACAAGCAUUCUGUGUAUAUCAAUGCAUUGGUACUUUACAAAUUUAUUCCUAGUCGACCCUUGGCUCGAAACCGACAAAUAAUUACGGAAUUAUUAGUGCAGUCAUUCUUAUUUGAAAAAACGUGCAAUGGAAAAGUGCGAAAACCCACUGAAGGAGUCAGUGAAGGAGUCAGGGAAGUUGCGGCAGUUCCUUGCCACGAUAAUCAUAAAUCAGUUGGCGUUAUCUUACGGAAUCGUGAUAGGAUGGCCGUCACCGUCAGCGCAACUGUUGCAAAGUCCUUCGUCGCCUGUGGGAAACCCCAUGACUGAUAACGGCAUAUCCUGGUUGACUGCCACUUUGUGCCUAAGUGGUACUAUCACGGCUGUGCUAACGUCGGUGAUACCAGACAAAUUUAGUCGGAAGAGAUUGGGCUACAUAUUAGUGGUGCCAAUAAUUAUCGCCUGGAUGUUGAUCAUGUUUGCUACCGAGCACAUGUAUAUCUAUGUGUCGAGGGCUCUGAGUGGCAUCAAUGGUGCUGCUACGUUCUUCAUCGUACCAAACUACGUGUCGGAAAUUUCGUGCGACAGUAUCCGUGGCAUGUUGGCAAGUAUCGUGAUACUUUCCGUGAAUUGCGGGAUACUAGUGGCUUACAUCCUGGGUGGCAUAAUGUCCUUCCGUGCCUUGCCUGUGGUCAUCAUAGCGUUAAUUCUUUUCUAUCUUAUCACUUUCGUCUUCAUACCGGAGUCACCGUUUUACCUGGUGCGUCGAAAUCGUACGCACGAGGCGAUUAGAGCUUUGAAGUGGUUGAAAGCUGGAAACAGUCUGGAAGCAGAACGUACGUUGUCGCAUAUACAGUUGCAAAUCAAGGAGACCGCAUCCGUAAAAUCUGCCAAGUUUUCAGAUUUGAUUAGAGACAAAGCAACGAUUAAAGGAUUCAUAAUUGUCAUGGGUCUGUUCAUCGGUCAACAACUUUGUGGCAUUUUUGCGAUGAUCAGUAACACGGAAAUGAUUUUCAAAAUGUCCGGUAGUUCGUUAUCACCGAAUAUGUCAUCUAUCAUAGUAGCGGUUAUACAGAUCUUUGGAUCGUGGUUAGCGACAUUAUUAGUGGAGCGUGCUGGCAGACGACCCUUGAUUCUGCUAUCCUGUGCGGGAAUGUGCGUGUGUCAUUGUAUGAUAGGUGUAUUUUAUUAUCUUCAGAAUUUGCAAUAUGAAGUGUCCGCUUAUUCUUGGAUACCGGUGGUAGCGUUAUCUGCCUACAUGAUAUUAUUUGCUUUGGGAAUGGGAAACGGACCCAUCGUGGUGAUGUCUGAGAUAUUCAGCCGUGACAUAACCAGCCUGGCCUCGGCCAUAAGUAUCUCUGUAAGUUGGGCAUCUGCAUUCGUCAUGACGAAAACCUUCACAGAUAUCAUUAAUUUGUUAGGCGUGCAUGGUUGCUUCUUUCUCCUCGCUGCUUUCUGCGUAUGCAAUUUUCUGUUCUGCUUCAUGUUACUACCAGAGACCAAAGGACGGUUACGCGAAGAUAUUGUGGAUGAACUUAAUGGCGUGCGAUGUACAAAUAAGAACGAAAUUAAGCAUAUCAUUGGAUCAAAUUCAGUUCACGCGGCGCAUGUGUGAAAAUGUUAUUUACGUUCAAGGGAUCUGAAAACUAAUAAUACUAUUAGCGAAAAAAUUUGUAAAAUGUCUCCAUAAUUUAAUGUUGUAACAUAACUGUGUACAGAAGUUUACGUGUUGUCAGCGUCUCAAAAUUUUAUUUCCUUUACUAAUAAUGUGUACUACUCGAAAUAAUUUUAGUUGUUUAGUCCUUACAUUCCAUUUCGUAUUCCCAAAUUUAUUCGUUACUUAAAAUUUGGAAUAGUAUCAAUUUGUUCAAGUAUUUUAUAUGUGUUCAUUAUGAAAGUUGUUUAGCUUAUUCUUUGUACAACUUUUGUAAUAUACAUGAGCAAGUAUUCCAAAUUUUAAGUAAUGAAUAAACGACCUCCUGUCAAAGUCAGACUGAUUACACUUUAUUAAUAUGACAUGUAUUGCCAAAAAUAAUUGAGUAAAUAUGUAAGUUGCUUCGUACAAUUAAAGGGAGUCUCGCGUUAUUUACUUUUAAUCGAUUCAUUGUUUCUUCCGACAUUAUAUUUUUUAUUAACAUAAAAUUUAUCAAAACUGUUUGCAUUGUAUAUAACAUAAUCUCAUAAUAUCAUAUCUUAUCUUGCAAGUGUGUUUUACAAAAGCUAUGAAAAAUAUUGAUACAUGUGAAAAAUAUUGAUAUAUGAGAUAUAU